UUGUGAGGCGGCCCGGGGGGCAGCGGCGGCGGGAGAGCGCGGGCUCGGAGCGGCCCCGCGGCGGGGCGGAGGAUCGCGCCCUCCCUCCGGGCACCAUUAAGAGGAAGGCGAUGGAGGAGCUGAGCGCGGACGAGAUCCGGCGGCGGCGCCUGGCGCGGUUGGCAGGAGGGUCCUCGUCCCAGCCCACCACCCCCCUGACGUCCCCGCAGAGAGAGACCCCCCCGGGGCCUCCCGUGGUGGCACCAGCCCCGGGUCCCUCCCACAGCCUGGGCCUAAAUGUCCACAGCAUGACCCCAGCUACCUCUCCAAUCGGUGCAUCAGGAGUAGCCCACCGAAGCCAGAGCAGCGAAGGAGUGAGUUCCCUCAGCAGUUCUCCAUCCAACAGCCUUGAAACCCAAUCCCAGUCUCUCUCUCGGUCCCAGAGCAUGGACAUUGAUAGUGUCUCCUGUGAGAAAAGUAUGUCCCAGGUUGAUGUGGAUUCAGGAAUUGAAAACAUGGAGGUCGAUGAGAACGAUCGCAGAGAGAAGCGGAGCCUGACGGACAAGGAGCCCCUGUCUGGGUCGGAGGUGUCUGAGGAACAAGCUUUGCAGCUGGUCUGUAAGAUCUUCAGAGUGUCCUGGAAGGACCGAGACAGAGACGUGAUCUUCCUGAACUCCCUCUCUGCCCAGUUCAAGCAGAACCCAAAGGAAGUGUUUUCAGAUUUUAAGGACUUGAUUGGGCAGAUUUUGAUGGAAGUGCUGAUGAUGUCCACCCAGGCAAGGGAUGAGAACCCCUUUGCCAGCCUGACAGCUACAUCCCAGCCCAUCGCUGCAGCCGCCCGCUCUCCCGACAGAAGCCUCAUCCUAAACAUGGGCUCCAACCCAGGAAGCAGCCCCAUGUUCUGUAAUGUGGGCUCCUUUGGUUCCAGUUCGUUAUCCAGUCUCUAUGGGACUAGUCCAGCUCCUCCUACCAAUUUCACAAGCUAUGUACCAAUGACUGGUUCAUCUCUUACCCCACCAGCCAGUUCAGUUGCCAGCACAGCUGUGCCUCCCCUUCCUGUCAGCUCUCACCUCACAGCCACAAGCCCUUCCUGGACACAGCCGCCGUCUCCGAGGUACCGGCCAUACACCGUGGCCCAUCCUGGAGGCUUUUCUGCUUCUUCCACCCCACGUUCCUUGAGCAUUUCCAUCCCAUCUAGUUCUCCAAGCCCUCCAGCCAUGGCUGCUAGCCCUCCAGCCAUGCCAGUCAUCACAUCCAGACAGAGGCCCACAGCCAUGGGCCCACCUUUGUUUCCUGCUUCGCCCGGUGCCCUGCGCAGGCGUCCUUCCCUGCAGAGCAGGAUCCCUCCUAGUUUGUACGACAACCCUUUCUCCCUCCUCCUCCUUGCCGUUUCUGAUGUGUCUGAGGACAGUAGUGAUGAAGACAAUGAAGAUGAUGAUUUUUCUUGUGUCCAGUUUGGGUCCAGUAUGGGAGGCUCUGGCAGCUCAAGUGUUUCCGAUUCCUGCAGUGACCACUUCACCAUUGAAAACUGUAAGGAGACAGAGAUGCUGAACUACCUCAUUGAGUGUUUUGACAGAGUUGGAAUAGAGGAGAGAAAAGCACCAAAGAUGUGUAGCCAGCCAACAGUCAGCCAGUUACUGAGCAACAUCCGAUCCCAGUGCAUUUCUCACGCUGCUUUGGUGCUCCAGGGAUCCUUAACACAACCAAGGUCAUUGCAGCAGCAGUCUUUGCUGGUACCAUAUAUGCUGUGUAGGAAUCUCCCAUUUGGCUUCAUCCAAGAAUUGGUGAGGACAACUUAUCAGGAUGAAGAGGUGUUCAAACAGAUCUUUAUUCCCAUCUUACAAGGCCUGGCUGUAGCUUCCAAAGAGUGCUCCCUCGAUAGUGACAAUUUUAAAUAUCCCCUUAUGGCACUAUGUGAACUUUGUGAAAUCAAGUUUGGGAAAACACACCCUAUGUGCAGUUUGGUUGUCUCUUUGCCCUUGUGGUUGCCUAAAUCUUUAAGCACAGGUGCAGGAAGAGAACUGCAAAGACUUUCCUACCUUGGAGCCUUCUUCAGUCUCUCUGUCUUUGCUGAAGAUGAUAACAAAGUAGUUGAAAAGUACUUCUCAGGGCCUGCCAUUACUCUUGAAAACACCCGGGUUGUCAGCCAGUCUUUGCAACAUUACCUGGAAUUAGCAAGGCAAGAGCUGUUCAAGAUCCUGCACAGUAUCCUACUGAACGGGGAGACCCGGGAGGCAGCUCUGGGUUACAUGGCAGCUGUGGUCAAUGCCAACAUGAAAAAGGCCCAAAUGCAGACAGACGAUCGUUUGGUGUCCACAGAUGGCUUCAUGCUCAACUUCCUCUGGGUACUGCAGCAACUGAGUACGAAGAUAAAGCUGGAAACGGUUGAUCCCAUGUACAUAUUCCACCCCAGGUGUCGGAUCGAGCUCCCUACGGAUGAGACAAGAGUGAAAGCAACAAUGGAGGAUGUUGCAGCCUGGCUUGCUGAACUUUACAGGGAUCCGUCUCCAUUUUCUGAGCCGAAAUUCCCAACGGAAUGUUUCUUCCUCACCCUGCACGCCCACCACCUGUCCAUCCUGCCCAGCUGCCGGCGGUACAUCCGGAGGCUCCGAGCCAUCAGGGAGCUCAACAGGACUGUGGAAGAUUUGAAAAACAACGAAAGUCAGUGGAAGGAUUCCCCUCUGGCCACCAGACAUCGAGAGAUGCUGAAACGGUGCAAGACACAGCUCAAGAAACUGGUGAGGUGCAAGGCCUGUGCAGACGCCGGUUUGCUGGAUGAAAACUUUCUCAGGAGAUGCCUGAAUUUCUAUGGCAUGGUGAUCCAGCUGAUGCUUCGCAUUCUAGACCCUGCCUACCCCAACAUAAAAUUGCCUUUAACUCCUGAGGUUCCCAAGGUAUUUGCAGCGUUGCCAGAGUUUUACGUGGAAGAUGUCGCCGAAUUUUUAUUUUUUAUUGUACAAUAUGCUCCUCAGGUGCUGUAUGAGCCCUGUACUCAGGACAUAGUGAUGUUCCUUGUUGUGAUGCUGUGCAACCAGAACUACAUCCGAAAUCCUUAUUUAGUGGCCAAGCUAGUGGAGGUGAUGUUCAUGACAAAUCCAGCUGUGCAGCCCCGCACACAGAAGUUCUUUGAAAUGAUUGAGAAUCACCCUCUCUCCACCAAAUUGUUGGUCCCCUCCUUGAUGAAGUUUUACACAGAUGUGGAACACACCGGAGCCACGAGCGAGUUCUAUGACAAGUUCACGAUCCGCUACCACAUCAGCACCAUCUUCAAAAGCCUCUGGCAAAACAUUGCCCACCAUGGUACCUUUAUGGAGGAGUUCAACUCUGGGAAGCAGUUUGUUCGCUACAUCAACAUGCUGAUAAAUGACACAACUUUCUUGCUGGAUGAGAGUCUGGAGUCCCUAAAACGUAUCCAUGAAGUGCAAGAGGAGAUGAAGAAUAAAGAGCAAUGGGACCUGCUGCCCAGGGACCAGCAGCAGGCGCGGCAGUCGCAGCUGGCGCAGGACGAGCGCGUGUCCCGCUCAUAUCUCGCCCUGGCCACAGAAACUGUUGAUAUGUUCCAUAUCCUUACCAAGCAGGUCCAAAAGCCUUUUCUCAGACCUGAGCUUGGACCACGACUGGCUGCUAUGUUGAACUUUAACUUACAGCAACUGUGUGGCCCCAAGUGCCGUGACCUGAAAGUUGAAAACCCAGAGAAAUAUGGGUUUGAACCAAAGAAGCUGUUGGACCAACUGACGGACAUUUACCUGCAGCUGGAUUGUGCUCGCUUUGCUAAAGCAAUUGCUGAUGAUCAGAGGUCCUACAGUAAAGAGCUCUUUGAGGAGGUGAUCUCCAAGAUGAGAAAGGCUGGAAUCAAGUCCACCAUAGCAAUAGAGAAAUUCAAACUGCUGGCAGAGAAAGUGGAGGAAAUUGUUGCCAAGAAUGCCCGUGCAGAGAUUGAUUACAGCGAUGCUCCGGAUGAAUUCAGAGAUCCGCUCAUGGACACCCUGAUGACUGACCCUGUGAGGUUGCCAUCCGGAACAAUCAUGGACAGGUCGAUCAUCCUGAGGCACCUGUUGAACUCAUCCACUGAUCCUUUCAAUCGUCAGACGCUGACGGAAAACAUGCUGGAACCAGUGCCAGAACUUAAAGAGCAAAUCCAAGCCUGGAUGAGAGACAAGCAGAAUGACCAUUAGGAACUCCCUUGCAGUGCACGCCAACAGCAGUGGGGAGAGCAGGGCGUGGGCUGUUGUGGCAGUAGUGGAGCAGAAACCCUUGGAAGCUGUUAUGGGAUUAGCACGCCCACGGCACUGACUUCAGUAGUGACCAGGAGCAUGUGGCCGAGGAGAAAAGCAGCUUAAUUCUUGUACAUAUAUUUAAGUGAUAACGAUGGUCAAUAACAUGGAGGACAAGCUAGGAAGUUGCUUAUGUUACAAAACUGUCCUUCAAUAUGUCACAUUUUGGAGUUUUUACAGCUGAAUUAUUUUAGCAAAGACGAAUGGAUCAGGGCAGCAUCCCUUCAACCUUGUUUUUUACCGCCAGAUAUCCGUUAAUUUGAUUGUGGUUAGAACCUUGGACAUUUUGCUGCUAAAGUAACUUUUUCCUCUUUCCCUCCCUUCUUUCUGUUCCACCCAUCAAACCUGCACUGCUGUCUCUUUUUUUUUUUCUCUUUUUGUAAUGCAAAAAAAACCCCCAACGAACCCUGUGAAAAUCAAAAUCAUUCCCCUGCCCUCAAAAGAACAUAUUCUGUGCGAUAACUGUGCCUGCAACAAAGCUUCAUCUUGGGAUCGUAUUUUUAUAUUACACACAUUUGCCUAUUUGGUUUUUAAUUGGUGUUAGACACAAGGAUAAUUUCAAAAGAGCAAAGACUUCACACACGGAUUUUAAUUUCCAUUCCUUGAAAUGUCCCUUUCCUUUACGUUGAUCAAGACGCUCUGGUAUUUGUGAAAAGCCUCGAGAUAGAAAUAUGUUAAAACAGCUGCCAUGAAUGAGAUGCUUGGGAAUACCAGGAUUUCAGUGACUUUGAAACAAAAGAAAUCCAUUCUUUCAAUGCUGCAGAUAUGAUAUAUGCUAACUGACAGUUCUGAGCCAUUCGAGCUUGUCCACAGAGAGCAGAUACUUUUAUCCUUGGAGGCUGCAGUUUGGGGCAGGGGUCAUUUUUUUUAUGUUGCUACCAAUUUGUAUCCAUGGCUUGGCCUUACCAAAGCAGAAAGGGUGCAGGAAAUGUAGAAUUACGUUUUUAAAAAAAAAAAUGAAAAAAAAAAAUAUUCACAAACAUUUUUGUAUUACUGCCCCCUGCAUAUGAUACUUGAAUUUCCUUUUUAAAAAGGAUUUGAAACCACAGUGUUUUAAAAUUAAGUCUGAAAAAACAGGUUGUUUUUCUUUUAUUUGUUUUUUCGCCGUGUCUUCUGUUCAAUUCCUGACUCUCUUGAACUACAAUAAAUGAUACACACUCGCACAG